AGAGUCAGCGACUCAUAACGAUGUCAUGUUAUUUUAGGUUAUAAUUCGCAGUUGAUUGCAUAGUUUUUUAUCGCUGCAGUAUAUUGAUGACUGCACUUGAUUGAAACAGGUGAGGCGUGAGUGGAUCGUUUUAUCAACCGGCAGCCGGGAAACAAGUCGGACAGGUAAUAGCAAUAGGUUAGUCCGAGGGAGAAAACAAAAGGAACGCAUCACAGAGGAGACGUGUCGCGGAUCGCAGUCAGUUUUUGCAAUUAAUUCCUCCUUCCUUUCACAGCAUGGACGGUGAGGCGUGAGUGGAUCGUUUUAUCAACCGGCAGCCGGGAAACAAGUCGGACAGGUAAUAGCAAUAGGUUAGUCCGAGGGAGAAAACUAAAGGAACGCAUCACAGAGGAGACGUGUCGCGGACCGCAGUCACUGUUUUUGCAAAUAAUUCCUCCUUCCUUUCACAGCAUGGACGGGUUAACAUAAACCACUAGUGGCGCAAUGCAUCCAGCAGUUUCAGACAUUAAAACACACAACACUGACGACCACAGAUGUGUGUCUUCACCAGAGGGUAAACUAUGGAUGAUAUUUACCAAUACCCGGUUUUCUUUGAGUGCCAGAGCCUUCUUCAGGAUCAGGUGAAGAGAAUAGAGAAUUAUUUCCGUGUUCGUCGCAGAUCAGACGGAGGCGACUGCGGAUCCCUGCUGAAAGUGAACGAUCAGAUCUACAGCAUUUCUUUCAGAUAUCAGAAAGACCAGCAGGCAGUCCUGCAAAAGUCUGAGCAUGUUGUGGACGGUCUGGUGUUCACUGUCCGAGGCAGCGUUGACCUUAACACAUCCUCUCCAAACCAGGAUAUUACAGCCCCGGUACAGAGCCCACAGUCCAUUCCUGUCUCAAUCCCUCCAUCCAGUGGGGAAACAUAUGAACUACGACAAGAUACUUUCCUUCUUCGUUACCUAAAUGAAUUUCCCGCAGCUUGGAAAAGAUUAGAGAUAGAACUCGCCUCGUUCGCCUGCUCUGCUCAGCUGUACCCAGAGGAAGGGAGGGUUUUAGUUAGCUGUUCAGCUCAACCUGGUGCUGUAGAUUAUGUCAGAAAUUGGAAAGCAGAGGUUGACAAACUCUUUGAUGGCUACCUGUGCCACUGUGAGGUGGACUCUCACAAAGUUUUAAUUUUGCUUGACACCAGGAACUCUCUUCAGACCACCGAUGACGUUAAGGUGUACAGCGAGAAUGGGAUGGCUGUUGUUGUUGGGCAGCGUUCUCAGGUGAACGCCACGUUGAUGGAUGUAGGUGCCUCGCUUGGUAAACAAGGGCCACGGUUACUUGAGAGGCAAACCAGCAUUUGUCGACUGGGCGAGGCUAAGCUCCGCCUCAUCUGGAAAGAGAUUGAGCAAACUUUGCCAAAAGACUUUCCAGAAGUGAAGGUCACACGGGGAGUUCAAGGUCAGUUACAUUUGGAAGGAUCUGUCGAGGACAUUCUUAAGGCUAAAGAUUGGAUUUCUGAUCAGGAGAAGUUGGUGUUUGAAAGGACAGUUUCUGACAUGAGCCCACAUUUGUUGGCCUUUCUAAAGAAGGCUUAUUGUGGUCCUGGUGUGCUAGGGGACUUUUUAGGGGUUGCUGGCAAGGUAGAAGUAGAGUUACGAGACACAGAGUUACGUUUCUUAUCCCUUUCCAACAAUAAUCUGGUUGAAACAGAAAAGAAACUGCGACAUGAGAUUAAGGAAGUCCUGACCAAUGUUCCUUUCUGCUCUGCUGUGCCAUCUGAGCUCCAGGAAAAGCUUAAGUCCAAGAAAGAGGAGAUGAACCAAGGGCAAUACAGGGCCAAGGUGGUGUUUGGCUCAGACAGCAGUGUGUGCUUACUGGGCCACACCAAAGAGGUGGAAGAGCUGGAGGAAGUUAUCAUCCAGUUUAUUUUUGACCAGUCUAGGGUGCAAAGUCUAGUCAGUUUGCCUUAUGAAGAGUUGGCUCAAGAGUUGGUAAACACAACAGGUGCUAGCUACAGCCUUCGUGACGGGCUCCAGGUCAUUGUCUGUCAGGGUGACAUCACCGAACAGGAAGCUGAUGCCCUGGUGAAUGCUGCCAACGAAGAUCUAGACCAUGGUGGAGGGGUCGCUGCAGCACUGUCUAAAGCAGGUGGCCCUCAGGUGCAGAAGGAAAGCAGAGCUGUAGUAAAGCAGUCUGGAAAAAUCCCCACUGGGGAAGUGGUAGUGACCACAGGGGGGAACCUGAACUGCAAGAAACUGCUUCAUGCUGUUGGGCCUGUAGGUGGAAAAUCAGGUGGUAAAGAAAAGAUGUUACUGGAGAAAACUAUCCGGUCUGCUCUGAACUUAGCAGAGAGGAUGAAGUUCAGGUCUAUAGCUAUUCCUUGCAUCAGCUCCGGGUCAUUUGGUGUACCUGUCACUGUGUGUGCUGAGGCUAUUGUAACUGCUGUAAAGGAGUUUUGCAGCCAGGGAGGGAGAAGUCUUAAAAGAAUCAUCCUGAUUGAUAACAGAGGAGAGGUGGUGAGGUCCAUGCAGGACGCAUGUGAUCGCCUUCUCCAAGGGACAGGUACACGAAACAGGGCACCAAGUGAUCUGGGGUUUCAGAUGGAAGCUGCUGCCCAAGACGCAGCAAGAGGAGCCACUGCUGGAGCUCCUGGAGGUGGCGUCCGCCUAGAGAUCAUUCAGGGAACCAUCGAGACCCAGCAGGUGGAUGCCCUCGUAUCGCCCAUGGUUGGUCAUGAUCCUCUUUCUACCCGUAUUGGAAACACUUUGUUUAAAAAUGUUGGAACACAGCUGACCGCAAAGUUUAGAAAGGAAGCACAUGAAGAAACAAUUCCUGGUGACACAGUCCUGGUGGAGGGCCUGGCUGGACUUCAAUAUAAUGCAGUAAUUUUCCUCAACCUCGCUCAAUGGAACGAGGACCCGGAUGGAGUUGCAGUUGAGGUUCUGAGAAUGGGCAUGAACAACAUCCUAACUGACUGUGAGAAAAGAGGGUUUGAAUCAGUUGCCCUCCCUGUACUCGGGACAGGGAUUGCCCUGCGUUUCCCUGACAGUCUGGUUGCCAGGGUUGUACUGGAGGCAGUUUGUGCGUUUGAACAGAACCGAGCCGGCGGAAAACCCCUCCUGGUCCGCAUCGUCAUCCACCCCGAAGACAAAGACUCUUCGGAGGUUAUAGAGGCCUUCAAAUCUGCACAGGAAGCAUCCAAACUCAAAGGAUUCACAAUGAUGAUGAACCAACAUGAACAAGUUUCAACUCCAACGAGGAUUGUCCUGCUGGGAAAAACUGGAUCGGGGAAAAGCCACCUAGGUAACACCAUAUUUGGAGAGAAAGUGUUCACCUCAAACCAUUCUCCCAACUCCGGAACAGGGAAAUGCCAAGCAGAAACCAAAGCCGUCAACGGAAGAAGCAUCACUCUGAUCGACACUCCUGGUUUCUUUGACGCGUGCAGGUCUGAGGAGGACAUGAAGCCGGAGAUAGUGAGUUGUAUCACAGAGUGCGCGCCUGGGCCCCAUGCUUUUCUCAUUGUGCUUAAAGUGGAGAAAUACACAGAGCACGAGCAAGCUGUCAUCGCUAAAAUACACGAAUAUUUCACCGAAGAUGCUUUCAAAUAUGCUGUGGUUGUCUUCACACACGGCAACCAGCUUGAAGAGAUGACAAUCAAGAAAUUCAUCAAACAGAAUAAGAAUCUGAGCGAUCUGGUGAAGAAGUGCGGCGGCCGCUGCCACGUCAUGGAUAAUAAAUACUGGCAGAACAACCAGCAGGAUGAAUACAGAAACAACCAGGUCCAGGUGGAGGACCUGCUCAACACCAUAGACAAGAUGGUGAAGGGAAACAAUGGAGGCUUCUACACCAAUGAGGUGUUCGAAGAAGUUGAGAAACAAAUUUGCAUAGUGGAAGAGUACAUCAAACAGGAUACGAUGUCGGGAAACAUGCCAGUGGAAGUGAUCAGAAAACAGGCCAAAUCCAUAGUGUCUGAGAAUCUGUUGAUCCAACUGGCAGGUGUAACAACAGGAGCAUUGUUAGGCGCUUUUUUGGGGGUUGCAGUGAUGGUUGGGUUAGCGAUCACAGCCCUGAGAAACGUCGGCGGAUUAAUGAAAAUCAUGGAAAAGACGUCAGCAUUGAGAGCCACUACAGCAGCAGGAGGCGCAGGAGGUCUGGGAGUUGCUGGAACAGUUUUAGCUGUAGCUACCACAGGGUUUGCUGCAACAGGAGGAGUGUUAGGUGCAAUGAUCGGAUUUAAGGCCGCAGAGGAAGCUGAAACACCAAUGGAGGCAGCCAAGAUGUCAGUUAAUGCUGUCAUGGAAAAAGGAAAUGAAUUCAUACAAAAAGGAAUACACAAUUUGAAUCUGAAAUAACUGCCUUAUGUUCCUCUGGAGGGCGUGAAUCUGUUCUUGAGCUUCUUUAUGCACUACUAUGUUCACAAGCAGGUUGCGAAAUGUGGGUUUAUCACAACUUUAUGAAUAAAACCACUGCCUGCUGAGGCUAGAAACAAGCUUGAUGAGAGAUAGCAGCAAUGGUGGAAAGUAACGUACAUCUACUAAAGUAUUGUACUAAAGUCCUUUUUUUUUUUUGCAUAAUUGCACUUUACAAUUUCCAUUUAACACUACUUUAUGCUUAUAUUGAAUUUUAAGAGGCAAAUAUCAUUCUUUUUACUCCAUUACAUUUAUUUGAACACUAACUUUGAAACGUUCUAUUUGCUGUUAUGAUAUAAUGCAGUACUGUAGUACUAAUCAACACUGUAUUUCAAGUAUCAAAGCUAAAAUGCUCUUGCGUAUAUUUGGUUGUGAUAAAAACGGUACACAAUAAUAACCUUAAUAAUGAAGACAUCCCUUCUGCAUGACAGGUACGUUUACUUUUGAUACUAGAGGUACAUUUAGCUGAUAAUACUUCUGUACAUGUACUUGUUAUGUACUUCUGAAACGGGCCAUUGUGUAGAAUGAGUACUUUUUUUUUCUCUCACUUCUGUAGUUUAUCAUCAGUCAAAUUUUAAUACAACUUUUGUUGAAGUGUAUUUGUAUUUCAAGACCAUAGUGUUUGUACUUUUAAUCAGGUAAAGGUUCUGAGUACUUUUCCAAUUAGCUUUAGGUGGAUGAAAAGGCUGCAUAAAGAGCUGAGGGAACCUGCAGGGUUAGCUGAUAACUCUUUGUGUGUUCGGUACGAAGAGCGACAAAUGACACUAAUGCGUAUUCACUUGAUCCAAUGUUUAUAAUGUCUGACAAACACAACUUCAUCUCAACAAUAUAAGCAAGAAAGGUGGAGGGAACGGUUCAUUCUACAGUGUAAAAUCACUACUCAUUUGUAAAUGUCAACGUCGUUAUAAUAUCAGUGGGCUUGUGCAUUCCAUUUCAAUGGGAAAUUAUCUGACUGGUUUGGUGAUUAUCUGGGGGUUUGAAUCUGGACCCUCCAAUAAUUCAAGAUUAGAGAUAAACAUUGUCUUUUCUCUUUUGACUCUUGACAUGUUUUCUAUAUCGCAACUAUUUUCUGUUAUAAAUCAAUUUUUUCAAAAUUAAAAGCAGUGAUUGCACUCAA